AUGAUUGGUGAAUUGGGACACCAUAAAUGGCAUUUUAGGCAGCUUCUCAGUCAAUUAGCUGCCAGGCAAAUGCGUAUACACACAAGUUCAGUGCUCAUGUCAUCAUCAUCAUCAUCAUCAUCAUCCAUGAAACUGAAGGUACUGGAACUAAAAAAGGCAAUCCAAACACUUGACAAAGAAGGUUUGGGACUCAAUAUUACACCUGAAAACUUUGCUGGGGUUAAUGCUCUUUUUAAGAUGGCAAAUAUACCGGAAGACUUGGGUUUCCAAAAGAAAUUAGCGACUCUACGGUCUGCUAUUCAAGAGGGCAAGAUUUCUGAUAGUAUCAUAUCUAGAGUAAUAAAAAGCGACUCAAACGAUUCCAAUGCUGCUCUAAAUGCUGACAGUAAUGUUAAUUCUCUAACCCGUGAGAUAGCUGAGUGGACAGAAGAUCUAAAACCAUUGGAUGCUCUGAUACAAGAUUCCAGCACUAAACGGAAACGUCAACAGGUUGAUACCAAUAUGAACAAUUCUGAUAGAAUAAAUUUGCAUAAUAAUACCAAAAAGACGAAUCAUCUUUCAAAUCCCAUAGAAAGGAUAUCCAAAGAGCGAGCAAAACUGUACGAUUGGAACAGUCAAAAUAGAGAACUGGAUGUCAUGACAAAAGUAGAUAGCACAAGCUCUAUUCUGUCUUUUACCAAUCCUAUAAAGCAUUUGAGAGAUAAUUAUGAGCUUUUAAAGCACAGGAAGGGUAUAUUAAAGCGCUCUGCGAAGACAACGACAGGUAAAAAGCUACUUCUGUAUGAUUACAAAAUUAACAGUAAAAAGGUAGUGGAAGUUAACGCACAUUCGGUGCUACAGGUCAGUUUUAAAGAUUUAUUCACUAUCAUCAACGGGAGCAAUGCUUCUCCCGAGCAUAUGCUCGAUGUUAUAAGUAAAUGCGAAAAUGAAGGAUGGGAAUUGGUAGGCGAUGUAUAUAAUGAACCGCAUAAGCUUGUGUUCCAGCUACCGGUACGGAAAUGA